AUGGCCCCUCACUGGUGGGCUCUCCGCGUCAUCCAGGCCUUUGAGGACAGAAUCAUCGCCGUGAUCCUCCGCCAGCCCGGCUUCCACCGCGCCGUCGGCCGCAUCCACCGCACCAUCCACGAGCGCCGCCACGGCCGCAACCCCCACGAGCCGCUCGCCCCGGGCGAGGCCACGGCCGACCCCGCCUCGACCGGCCGCCACCACACGUUUCUGCGACACUUUUGGCAGGAGCUCAAGAACCAGUUCCUCGGCCGGCCGACAGACCUGCCGGGGAACAAGCCGCCGAGGUGA